GACAGUUUUAAUUUCCCAAAAUGUACUUUUUAACAAUAACAUUGUUUUAUUUACAAUUUAUCCUUAACUGCAACGGAAACGUAAUUCAGCAAGACAUAGAUGGCAGAAUCGUGGGUGGUAUCCCUGCUAAUAUCGAAGAUUUUCCAUAUCAAAUUUCAUUACAAUAUAGAGGACAACACGCUUGUGGUGGAUCAAUUAUAAGUUCAAAAUUCGUUGUUACAGCUGCUCAUUGCACAGAUGGUGCAAAAGCGGAGUCUUUAUCAGUUAGGGUUGGUAGCACUUCGUAUCGAGAUGGCGGGAAAAUAAUUCAAAUUCAAAAAAUUAUUCAACACCCUUCCUAUGAUAACAGCGUUAUCGAUUAUGAUGUUUCAAUUCUUGAGUUAAAAGAUGAAUUGGAAUUUAAUGAGAACGUCCAAGCGAUUAAAUUAGCUGAAAAUGAUGUUGGGCCGAAUCAUUUUGCCGUUGUUAGUGGAUGGGGGACUCUUAAAGAGAAUGGCAAACUUCCGAGCGAACUACAACAAGUUUUUGUGCCGAUUUUAAGUAAUGAAGAAUGUAGGGAUUUUUACGGGGAAAAACGUAUAACAGAUCGAAUGUUAUGUGCUGGUUACACUGAAGGUGGGCAUGAUUCGUGUCAAGGUGAUUCAGGUGGCCCUUUAGUUUAUAAAGACACCUUAAUCGGAAUCGUUUCAUGGGGAAUCGGAUGUGCGAGGCCAAAUUACCCCGGAGUUUACACCAGUAUAUCAAAAAUUCAUCAAUAUUUAAAC